UGACAUGCCGGAAGCUCAAUAGUAAAAGGAGGGUGGAGCUUAGCCACAGCAAAAUGGCGACCGGAGUUGGGAAACACAAGGUGCUCUCUCUCGGGCCCACGGAGCCAUGGUCGGUCCGGGAGAAGCUGUGUUUGGCGUCUUCCGUCAUGAGAAGCGGAGACCAGAAUUGGGUAUCCGUCAGCCGAGCUAUAAAGCCAUUUUCGGAACCGGGACGACCCCCGGACUGGUUCUCUCAGAAGCACUGCGCCUCCCAAUAUUCAGAGCUCCUGGAGACUACAGAGGCCCCAAAGCGGAAGCGGGGGGAGAAGGGGGAGGUGGUGGAGACGGUGGAGGACGUGAUCGUACGCAGGCUGACGGCCGAGCGCAUCGAGGAACUGAAGAGGCUGCUCAGAGACACGCAGGAGAAGUACAGGAAGCUGAAGAAGGAGGCGGAGCUUAUCCAGGCUGGACAUCUGGACACAAAACUGGAGGAGCUGUGGGGAGAGAUUGUGCAAAAGAAGAAACAGGAAGAGGACGAGGCAGAACAGAAGAGGAAGGCCACUGAUGCUGCGUAUCAGGUUCGGCAGGCGGUGAAGAACACCCCGAAACGGGCGACCAGCGUGGCCGUGCGCUCCCCGCUGGGCGGCGCCUCGCCCGGUUUGGAGUCGCCCGUGCCGGAACCCGCCCACCCUCCCCCGCCCCCGCCCCCGGUCCCGCCCACGCCCACGGCCCUGCCCACGCCGGACGAACCCUGCGCCCGCCCACAACACUCUACAAAGGUGGCCCACACAAGCUUUGACGAUCCUCUCUCUUACUCCUUCCUUCUUUCUCCAUCCCUUUCUCCGCCCCUCCCCCCAGCCUCCCCAGCCCCCCCAGCCCCAGCCCCAGCCCCAGCCCCAGCCCCCCCCCCAGGCCCUGCCGUUUUCAUCCCCCUGGCCGAGCCGUCGGGGCCCGCCGUGGCGGAGGCCAGCCCUAGGCCUCUCCUGGAGGACUCCCCGCAGAAGAAGCUCCUGAGCCAGAAGGCCACGCCGCCGGCCUCCCCCCUGCUGUCGGAGCUGCUGAAGAAGGGCAGCCUGCUAGCCGCUAGCCCCCGCCUGGUGGGGGAUGGAGACAUACCUGCAGGCCUGUCUAAUGGAGCCUCCGCCAUCUCUGCCGGACAGGCCACCACAGGUGCUCCCACGCUGUCUCGUCUGCUGGAGGCCAGCCCCGCCCAGUUCCCCGCCCCUCUGGGCCCAAUGGCUGCCCCUGAGCUCCCCAAUGCCCACCCCCCUCCUGCACCUGUCCCUGCAUCGGACAGCACCACCUCGCUCAGCACAGGGGAAGACCCAGGCAUUAGUGCAGAGGCCGUGGUGAGCCCUUCUGCAGCGGAGGUGAAGGCUGCGGAGUUGGGUGAGGAGGACCUGGUGGCCGUGUCCUACAUUGGGGACGAGCUGGACCUGGAGACCGUGGGGGACAUCAUUGCCAUCAUAGAGGAGAAGGUGGACGACUGUCCCGAGGCUCUGGACGCCGCGGCGGUGGAGGCGGCCCUCUCCCUCUGCGAGGACGCCGCGGCCGGCCACGCCCUCUCCGGACCCUGGGAGUCCGCCGACGCCUCUGGCCCCGCCCCCGGCCCCUUAGACCCCGCCCCCAACGCCAUGGACCUGCCCGCAGACUCCCUGGAGCCCGCCUCCACCACGCACGCAGACCUGGAGAUGAAGGAGCCGGGAGAGGACGAGGAGGGCGGGAACGGGGGGACGGUGGAGGGCGUGGCUGGGGCAGGCUCCGCCCCCUCGCCUCCCGUGGCCUCUGACGACACUCAGAUCGAGGGAGGGGGUGUCCAGGCCCAGAACCAGGGCGUGGCCGACGGGGAGGAGGGAGGGCCUGACGAAGCCACGCCCACUCCGUCUGUGAAGUGUGAGAGUGAGGAGUGGACCCAGCCCGGCGUGGACCUUCCCUGUGCAGACUCUGAGGACAGCUCGGCCUCGGGGAAAGACUCCAGGGAGGUGAAGGAGGAGGACGGAGGGAGCGACGCGGACGAGGGGAGCGUGUCGGAGAUGAAGGAGAGCGGGGACGGGGACGGGGAGGGGGAUGGGGAGGGGGACGGGCCUUACCUGUCGGAGCUGGAGCCGCCGGCCAGCGAGAGCGAGGACGGCUUCAGCCUCCCCACCCCCUCCCUGCAGCGCUACGCCACCGCCGACUCCGCCCCCAGCAGCCCCGCCUCCUCGCAGUUCUCAAUGUGCAGUGAGGACCAGGAAGCCAUCCAGGCCCAGAAGAUCUGGAAAAAAGCCAUCAUGCUUGUGUGGCGAGCGGCAGCCAAUCACAGGUAUGCCAGCGUGUUCCUGCAGCCUGUGUCGGACGACAUCGCCCCUGGUUACCACAGCAUUGUGCACAGGCCCAUGGACCUGUCCGUCAUCAAGAAGAACAUCGAGGCGGGGCUGAUCCGCACCACGGCAGAGUUCCAGCGGGACAUCAUGCUGAUGUUCCAGAACGCGGUGAUGUACAACAGCUCGGACCACGACGUGUACCACAUGGCCCUGGAGAUGCAGCGCGACGUCCUGGAGCAGAUCCAGCAGUUCCUGGCCACCCAGCUCAUCAUGCAGACGUCCGAGUCCGGCAUCAGCGCCAAGAGCCUGCGGGGCAGAGAGUCCUCCCGCAAGGACUCCACCGACAAGGACAGUGUCCCCAUGGCCUCUCCUGCUUUCCUUCUCUCUCUCUUUGACUCUCUGUACGGGCAGGAGUUUGAUGAGGGGGCGUGGCUUGCAGAGUAUGAAGACGGCAGCACAGGCAGUGAUACGGACGUGGGGGCGGGGCCUGCGGGAAGCCCCGCCCACUCAGAGACAGACAGGGAGAGCCCGACGCACGCGGAGGGGGGGAGAUCCAGGGGAGGAGAGGAAGGUAUGGACACAACGGAGGGAGGAGAGAGCGGGAACGAGAGCCCCGCAACGGAGGAGGAGGAGCAGGAGGAGGAGGAGGAGGAGGAGGAGAGGGGGAGAGAGAGUGAGGGAGGGGUGGUGGAGGGGUGCGCGACCCCUGUCAGUCAAGAGGACGGGGUGACGCGGAGCGAGGAGGGACCUGACGCCCACGUGGGUGGGGAGUCAGAGGCGGCUGGAGCGGACCACUGCGCGUCUGAGCAGGGGAGUCCCUACAGCGAGGACAGAGCCCCCUGUGCCACAGAGAGUCCAGGAAGACGCUCCUCCUGCCAGGACUUUCGCAAGCUCCUGCGGGACAUGUGCAACGACAUCGCUGGGCACAAGUACGCCGAACUCUUCCUGAGACCCGUCAACGAGAAGUUCGCUCCGCACUACUACUCUGUCGUCAAGAGGCCUGUGGACCUGCAGACUCUGCGCAGGAGCGUGUCCCGGGGCGGCGUGGUCUCCCUGGAGACGCUCAACCACCAGCUGAUGCUCAUGUUCCAGAACGCGCUCAUGUUCAACAGCGCCGACAGCCAGGUGUACCAGGGGGCCCAAGCCAUGCAGAGGGAGGUGCUGCAGCACGUACAGAUGCUGAUAGAUGAGGUUCAGUCACGUGACCAGAGUGGCUCCUCCCCCUGAAGCCAGCCCAGGCUGAGCAGAGCAGAAGCCAUUUUCCCUUUUGCACACAUAACUGUCAUUUCUGCUGUCGUGGUGUUCGAUAACAUUGCAACCCAGGUAACACUGCAGAUAUGUAGAUAAAGAAAAUUGUUUUAUUUUUUUAUGCAGAUGCCAUGUUCAUUCCGGACACACAUUUGAUUCGAUGUACAAGUCAAAGUUUAAUUAUUAAUAUUUAAUGUUAUUUUGGUUAGUGGACCAUAGUCAAUUUGCCAGUGAGAUUUUAUUUGGGGAAAAAAAUAAACUUUUGAAAGUCUGUGAA